CCUCGAUUGUUUUCUACUGACAGAUAGAAGAAGAGUGGAAGCCAAGGACCAAAGUUCAGCGAGAGAAAAUGGCAUCAUCGGAUCAAAACGGAGAAAGUGACACGCUGAGCAGAGCAUCUGCCUGUGCGGACUUUGUUGGAAUAACCGCCACUGAUGAGGAGGUGGCUCGAAAGUUCCUUUGUAAAAACGACUGGAUACUAGAGCGGGCUCUGGAGGACUAUUUUGACCAGACGAUUGCGGUUGACGACUCUCCUGAAACGAGCAAGACGAGCCCUGAAAAGAAACCCUCGACAGAAUGUAUUGACUUGACUGGGGAAAGUCCAACGACAUCAAAAGACCCAUCAGAAGAGAGCGAGGAACUGUCACUCAUUUCCUGGAACGUGGAUGGACUUGACCUGGAAAAUCUAGCCGAGCGAGCCAGAGGCCUCUGCUCCUUUCUGGUGUUAUAUCACCCUGAUGUUGUUUUUCUCCAGGAACUAAUUCCAGGUUAUGUGGACUAUCUAAAGAAGCGAGCUGUCAGUUACCACAUCAUUCAAGGUGGAGAAGAUUGCUACUUCACUGGUAUAAUGCUGAAGAAGACUCGUGUCAAACUAGUUGAGAGUGAGAUAGUCAAUUUCCAAACCAGCCAGAUGAGGAAUCUGCUUGUAGCUCAGGCGACCUACAAGGGGCAGAAACUGUGUCUGAUGACGUCUCACCUGGAGAGCUGUAAGGAUCAAGCCGCACUGCGCAUGAAACAGCUGAGUCUGGUGAUGCAGAGGAUGACCAACGCCCCCGGUGAUGUCACCGUGGUCUUUGGAGGGGACACAAACUUGAGAGACGCAGAGGUGGCCAAGGUGGGUCUGCCAGCCAACGUGCUUGAUGUUUGGGAGAAGCUCGGGAAACCGGAGCACUGUCGCUACACAUGGGACACCAAAAUCAACUCAAACAAGAACGCUAGAUAUGUCAGCCGUUGCCGCUUUGACCGUGUCUAUCUGCGACCGGCUACUGAGGAGAGUGUCCCCCACCUGGGGCCCAGCCACAUGACUGUGCUAGGUGUGGAACCGCUGGACUGCCGGCGCUAUAUCAGUGACCACUGGGGGCUUUACUGUUGCUUUGCUCCUGUGUAGAGGUUCCCAAGAACUUGAGGUUUUGUUGUACUUGUAAAUCUUUGUUGUGUAUAAUCAUAACAUAACAAUCGAGUGAAUGAUGGUUCUAAAAUAUCGUUUCAAUGUCAGUGCAACAUGUCAAUUCUACCAAUUACAUGAUUUGGGGUCACAGAUCCACGUAUUUUUGAGUGACUGUCAUGAAAUUCCGCUUUUAUACCACUAGGUGGCGAACCUCUAUUGACGUUCAAAUUUUCGGUUCGAAAUGUGAAGGAUUUGAGAUAUGCUGGUAAUUCAAUUCUGAAUGACUAUCUUGGUUCAACAAAUGCCAAUGUUUAAUAUUUGUGUCUUGAUUGUAAAGUAAAUAUUUCAUCGCUCUAUAUUUGUGGGAGGCAACGAAUAAAAAUAAAACCACCGCAGAUACGUACAACUUGAAGAAAGGACUUUCCUCGCGAGAGCGGCUAUCACGUGACUUUGAGUCAGCUGACAAGUGGCACAUGACUCGCUUGAUCAUAGAUAUGAAACAACAGAUGUCUCACUCUGCUCAUAUUUCCGAAGACUGACUAAACCGAUGAAAGCGUUUUUAAACGAUAUAUAUUUAAAAAACUAUAAUUGUGAUGAUCAAUA